AUGGAUCCUCCACCACCACCACCACCAGCAGUAGCAGUAGUACCCAAACCUCCAAGGUACAACUCCUCACAGCACAAUCCCGUCUUCACGGCCACCACCGUCUCGGACAAAUCCCCUCUCAAUAUCCAAUCCUUUCCGCAGUCCAAAAAUCCAAACUAUGAUGACUUAUCCUUCUCAUCUUACGUCAAGCCCAAGGAGAAAGCCGAUGAGGAGCCCGAGAUAAGCAUUUUCGACGCCCAGAAAUAUUUCUGCGAAAUUAACGACAAUAAUAAUAAUAAGAAUCUUAAUCAAGAUCCGAGGUUGUCGUCGGUUUCCUCCGAGGGGUACGGCCGGAAUUUUCGAACGGGGUCUUUCAACGCGACCCCGACUGCCUCGUCGGAGGCCAGCUGGAACAGCCAGACGGGCCUGUUGGCCAACCCGCCGGGAUCCGCGGCGGUCAACGUCAAAAAGUCGGCCGCCUCUGGAGAUCAUGGUCUCCAGAGGAAGAGCUCCGGCAAGAAGUGGAUCUUCGGGCGCAGAAUUUAG